GUUCAUAGUUUAACAUAAAUCUCAAAUGUCAGUUAUACAGAAAGUUGUAUAUUGACCAUAAAGCUCCCUGACCCAUUACGAUGGUCACAUGACUUUGUUUAUCAGUAAGCCUGACCAAUCACAUUAAAGCUUGCUCUAGCCACGGGGCAUAAGGCUGUUAAGAGUGUGUGUAAAGAUAGCUCUAUGUAAACUUAGCGUAGUAUUGAAUUGUAAGACCUUGUGUACACAACUAACAUACAGCCAGCACCAGGUAUAUAAAGUGAAACUCAUUUCUUGAGUUAGAUAUCUUGGAUCUAGGUGAAAUUAUACGUUAUCCUUGUAGCAGAAUCAAGUUCCGGUUAAUUGACAUCGAGGAUUAAAUCACUGUAUCCGUGUAUUUAGAAUUAGACUGGAUUACUUAAAUAUAGUGUUGGUAGACAGAAGCAUGAUUGGCGUUGAAUAGGAUUAUAAAUCAAAAUCUCUGAUAUACCAGUGGAUGUUAUAAACUUUGCAGAUAAGGAAUACAGACAGUAACAAUGAUUAAAUCAUCAACACGGAGUGAUAUUAUACGGUGGCAGCAAAUGUGGGAUUUUAUACUCUCAAUCUCCAUCUUGUGUACAUUAUCAAAGACUGUUGCUGCAUGGCAAGUAGACUUGGCCCCCACUACGCUCAUACAUAGAGUCGAACCUGACUCGGAGCAUCGUUUCCUUGGUAAUACUACCGUCCCAGAUUAUUUCAAGAUUUUAUUGAGUGAUGGUGAUUCCUUGAUCAUAGGUGCAAGGAAUGCUGUUCAUAAUAUCUCCUUGACAAGUCUCAGAGAGAAUAGGAAAAUCGUAUGGCACUCCAGUGCGAUGGACAAACAUUCUUGUGGCAGCAAAUCAAAAUCAUUGGAAGAGUGCCAGAAUUUUAUUCGUGUCCUGGUUAAGAAAAAUGACAAUGAGUUGAUUGUUUGCGGAACAAAUGCAUACAAGCCAAAGUGCCGAACUUACAGAACCUCUGGGGAGUCAAGCUAUGAGCAAGUUGGACCCGAGGAAAGUGGGGUAGCAAAGUGUCCAUAUGACCCAAAACACAACAAUACCGCCAUAUAUACUGAUGGGAAGCUUUAUACAGGGACAGUGGUUGACUUCACAGCUAGAGAACCACUUGUAUUCAGUGCCCCACUGCGUACAGAACAACAUGACUCACAGGUGCUGAACGAUCCUGACUUUGUGAGUUCAUACGACUAUGGAGAAAAUGUCUACUUUUUCUUCAGAGAAACUGCAGUGGAGCACAUUAACUGUGGAAAGGCACGCUAUUCCCGUGUUGCACGUGUGUGUAAGAAUGACAGAGGUGGCGGUUCAUUUCUGCGUCCUGACUCAUUUACAUCAUUCUUCAAAACGAGGCUGAACUGUUCCAUUCCGGGAGAAUUCCCAUUCUUCUUUGAUGAAAUUCAAUCCACAUCAGAGCCUGGUCUAGGAGGCUACAAAGCAUCACUGAACUACAAUGAGCGUACAGACAUGAUAUACGCUGUGUUCAGUACCCCACAAAACAGCAUUACGGGCUCUGCAGUCUGCGCAUUUAAGUUUUCUGAUAUUAUUGACUCGUUCAAUGGGCAAUUUAAGGAACAAGCUAGUCCUAUGUCCAACUGGCUACCUGUGGAUUUAGCUGACACCCCAAGUCCACAUCCUGCUAAGUGUGUGAAUGACUCCAAGCUGAUAUCAGACAGAACACUGAAUUUCAUCCGUCGUCAUACCUUGAUGGACAAGGCAGUACCAGCAUAUGGUGGAGGACCCCUUCUACUACAAACAAGUUUUGUAUCACGGUUUACCCAGAUAGCCAUAGACUGGCAGGUUCCUGCAGCCAGCGAAGACAACUUGAAUAAAGUGAAAUAUUACGAUGUCAUGUUUGUUGGCACAGAUGAUGGGAAAGUCCUCAAAGUGAUCAAUGUUGGGGACAAAGAGAUCAAGCCUGUUAUAAUAGAAGAGAUUCAAGUAUUUGAUUCCAAAACUACAAUUGUCAAUCUGAAAGUUUACCGCAAGCCAAGUGAGGGAAUCGAAAAACUGGUAAUUGUGGCGGAAGAUGAGAUUAAGACAAUUCCUCUACAUAGGUGUCACCUCAGGAAGACCUGCGGAGAAUGUGUAGCGCUUAGAGACCCUUAUUGUUCAUGGACUGAGAAUAGAUGUGAGAACUCAAUGGAACACGCUCAGAAUGUUGUGACAGGAAAACAUCCCGCAUGUGGAACUUCAGAGCCACCGAUAGUUGUUGAAGUUCCUCCAACAACAGAAAGCUCAGUGAAGCCCUGUCCGGAGUGUGUGCAAUGUAUAUGCCCCGUACCUCCGGGCGAAACCAAGACUGUUCCACCAGUCAAACCAACUGAAGACAACAUCCUCCCCACCCAUAUUCCCCGACAACCCGCUAAUGUGGACCCCACCAUACCAAACCAUAUUGAUGCCGUGCCUCCUGUUGGUGGGCCUUUAACUGGAGCAUCUCAAUCGGCACCAUGCAGCAAACAAUAUUCAGUAGCAGAAAUGGCGGCAGCGACAGUCGUCUGCAUAGUACUCUCCAUUGUGAUUGGCUUCUUCAUAGGCUAUCGUGCAUCUUUAUGGCGGAAUAAACGGUCGAACGAUCCUCCUACAUAUGCGAUGGACAAGUGUCUAGGGACCCCAAAAAUGCAAAAUCGUUACAAUACAGACCCCCAAUUAAAUAGUGAAACCCAACAUUAUUUUUCUCCAGAAGUCCAAAAACAGUUAAACGUUGUGUUGAAUUUAACGCCAAAAACUCAAAAUUUACCGAAUGGUGGCGUGGAAUCAAAAGUCCAUAAAGUGAAAAAAGUUUAUUUAUAGUGAAUGUUUUAAUUGUAAAUAGUUUUAACAGUGUACAUAGUGUAAAUAUGUACAUAUUUGAUCUCAAUGCCGUAAUGAUAUUCGAAGCAUUUUAGCCUAUCGUGGGAGUGAAGCCGUCUCAGUUUGCAUAAAAAUCAAAACAGUACAUCAGCAAAAUUACAAGGGAAGAUCCAGUUGGAGAAAUCAUAUUGAAAUCAAGUACAUUUUAGAAUAAUACUCUCAUUUGUGAAGCUGUGCAAAUCAAAGGAUGAACAAUGGAGAGUUUUGUGAACAAAUGAGAUGAACAAAGGAGAUUUGUAAACAAAGGAGAUUUGCAAACAAAGGAGAUUUGUAAACAAAGGAGAUUUGCAAACAAAGGAGAUUUGUAAACAAAGGAUAAUGUGCAAUUUGAGAGUACGACCAAAGUGUUCAAGACCCUUUGAAAGUGCUUUUCUGCUUUACUUAUUUUUUUAGUUUUGCGUG